AUGUGUGAUGAUAACAUCGCUUUGCUGUACUGCAGUUUAGGCUGGCAUGUGGAAAAUGGAGCACCAUCUGAAGGUCCAUAUAUUCGUCCGCAUGGCAUUAUCUCAUUGACAGCGCCAAAACUAUGCGUCAGGGACUGGACAGGACCUCAUUUUAUUGGUGGACGUUUUGUGCCGAAACAACUGGCCAAGGAGCAUGGUCUCGUUGUGUAUGCCUAA